AAGUUGCUCUCCUUUUCUGCGGAGGCCGUUGGCCGCCGAAGCCUGUUGGGAGCUUUGCUGGCCAAGCCGAGCCAGGGAGACGCGGAGCGCCUCAAGCGAGCCCCCGGCACCUAUUGUGUUCAACGGGCGCGGCGGGAGUUGACCCUUCGCGGUCUAACGGGAGUUCGCGGCCCGCCGCCUCCGCUCGCCCGGCCGCCAUAGGCGCCCUCGCUGCGGCUGCAGAAGGAACCCUCGGCUGGAGAGCAGCGGCUCCAUGGGUCGGCUGGGCCGGGUGGCGCUAACUUGCGCCCUGGCGGUUCUGUUCCUCCGGCCGUUGGCGCUCGCCCAGGAGGAACCGUCGUGCGGCUCCGCUUUUGAUCUCUACUUUGUGCUGGACAAAUCAGGAAGUGUAACAUCACACUGGUCAGAAAUCGUUGAAUUUGUGAAGCAGCUGACAGAAAGAUUUGUGAGCCCCCGGAUGAGAAUAUCCUUCAUAGUGUUUUCCAUGCAGGCAACUGUAAUUCUGCCAAUAACGCAAGAUAGGCGAGAAAUUGAGAGAGGCAUUGAAGAAUUACUAAAAGUUAAGCCAGGAGGUGAAACAUACAUGCAUGAAGGAUUAAGAGAAGCAAAUAAUCAGAUUGAAAAAGCACAAGGGUCCAGUAGUGUAAUCAUUGCCUUGACAGAUGGAAAGUUGGAAGGCUUGAUUCCACUGUAUGCAGAAAAAGAGGCACAAAAUGCCAGGUCCAUGGGAGCCAGAGUUUACUGCGUCGGAGUCCUCAAUUUUAAUCAAGAGCAGCUUGAAAGCAUUGCUGAUUCAAAAGAUCAAGUCUUCCCAGUAAGGGAAGGAUUUCAAGCUCUUCGAGGGAUAAUUAAUUCUAUACUGAAGCAAUCAUGCACAGAAAUUUUAAAUCUGGAACCCUCAAGCGUUUGUGUAGGAGAGGAGUUUCAAGUUGUUCUAAGUGGAACAGGAUUCACAUUGGGAAGGACACAAGACAGUGUUGUCUGCACUUACAUGUUAAAUGGAACAACCAUUAUUGAAAAACCUGAAAAAGUAGAAUCUAAUUUCAUGCUCUGUCCGGCACCCAUUCUCCAUGAAGUUGGACAAACGAUGGAUGUUUUUGUCAGUUUGAACCAAGGGCAAUCACUCAUCUCCAGCUCUUUAACCAUUACUGCAACAGAAUGUACAAAUGGCAUUGUGGCACUUAUAAUUAUCCUCAUUUUGUUACUCUUGCUGGGAAUUGCUGCCCUAUGGUGGUUUUGGCCCCUGUGUUGCAAAGUGGUUAUUAAGGACCCUCCUCCACCCCCGCCUCCAGCUCCCAUAGAGGAGGAAGAAGAUCCUUUGCCUUCAAAAAAAUGGCCAACAGUGGAUGCUUCCUACUAUGGUGGACGAGGAGUUGGUGGAAUCAAAAGAAUGGAGGUUCGUUGGGGUGACAAAGGAUCAACUGAAGAAGGAGCCCGACUAGAGAAAGCGAAGAAUGCAGUGGUGAAACUCCCUGAUGAACUAGAUGAGCCGGUUCUACCUAGACCGCUGAAACCAAAGCCUACCUCAUUGCCCUCCCAGGAAAAAUGGUACACACCUAUCAAGGGUCGACUCGAUGCCCUGUGGGCUUUGUUGAGGCGGCAGUACGACAGAGUGUCUUUGAUGCGACCGCAGCAAGGAGAUGAGGGCCGGUGCAUAAACUUUUCCCGAGUCCAGUCUCCGUAAAGGAAAGCAAAAGAAGGAAAAGCCAUCACAUGUUUUAUUAUAACCAAAUGAAGACAGUGAAGCACUUAGAGAGAAAUCCUCGGAAUGACUCCUAUCUUCUAGCUUGGAAGUUUGCUCUUUGGUUCUGCAAAAGUCAUCCACUGCCACGUUAAGCUCUUCCACCUGCCAUUUUCUUUUCAGCUUAUUACUUCAUACAAUAUUACUUACAGUAUUAUUCACUUUGCAAGUGGCCACAUGAAGAACCUUGGCGUUUUACAGCAAAUCCAGCACAGGAAAUCACGAACAAGUUACUGAUGAUGUUGGCUUUUGCAAUUUUAGCACUCGAGCCUUGAUAUGCCUCUUCCCUGGAGUGGUCUUGUUUCAUGGGCACAAAGAUGGAACUUAUUAUUUAAAUAUGAAUGUAUUUACCGCAGGGAGCAGAGUGAAAUUCCUGCUGGGCUGAAAAAAUGGAAGGAGUUCAUUGCCUUACAGUGGUGUCAUCUCAUGGAAAUCUUUGAGUCUCGGUCCGCUUUCCCCCGUGCUCCCACCCCAUUGGAUUGUGCCUUACGGGGAAACUUCUGACUAAAAAUCUUGUCACUUUGAUGCUGCGCAGUACACAUGUACGACAAAAUGUAGUUACGGUGCCUGGAGGUAUUGGUGGCAAGCAAAACUUUGCCCUCUAGUUCCUGAAGACACCUUUCUUACAUGAUGCACCCAAGACAGGAAGAAAAAUUAAUAGAGCGUUAUUCUCCAGAAAGACCGCCUGUAACCAAGAUGUUGAGUGGAGAUUGAGGGAGCUGAGGCAUCAAGGGCUGUGCACUAUGCCUAAUUGUUUUUCUUCCCCUUUUCUGCACUUGGAGCUCAGUAGCGCAUAAAAACAUUGUCCUUUGUAAACAUACGUAGUAAUUCUGGGCUUAUGCAUUAUUAUAAUAGGGUGGAAAAAACAGUCACCACAAAGCUGACAUCUCAGGGUCUUCCCUCUCUCUCUCUCUCUCUCUCUCUCCCCCCCUCCACCUUACCAUCACCAAAUCUCCAAGGGCUCUUCAACGUCACAAACCAGCAACUCUCUUUGCAUGAGAAUUUCAAAGUUUAAUUAAUAUAAUUAAAGGCAACAGCAAGCAGCA